AUGAUAGAAACGAGCAUGACGAUUUGUAAAUUGGUGAUUGUGUACUCAGCGCUAUCGCUAUGGCUAUCGUUGACGUGUUGGUGUAACGCGGACAGGGACAUUCAAGACAUAACUACCUUAAUGACAUCAAAUGAAGAAACCGAUUCAGACAUCUCGGCGACCGCCAUGGACGACUAUAAUGCCACAACCGCGGCACCCACACCACCCAUGACAACAAUCAACGAGUACUAUUCACUAAGCAGCACUUUACCACGCGAUAGAAUGGGCACCGCCAAUUCCCAUUAUCAUACUCAUAAAGAUAGGCCCAAAUCCGAAGAGAAUGUUAUUUUAAGAGCGCCGUUAUCUUCGUUAUCUUCGACACCAUCAUCGCCGAUAACGGAACCGUCGUUAACGCACAGCGUGGGUGCGAUCGCUAAACCAACAAAAUACCAUUAUUAUCCGCACAAUCAACAUAUGUAUCUGCUUCCAGAAUGCGCAGUUCAACAGGUCUGCAGCGCGGUAUACGUUAGAUUGAAUUACACGCAGCCUUUGUGCGCUUGUCCGUCCAGAUAUCGAGAGCCCUGCUCAGCCAGUUUGAAUUCCGAUGAUUUACAUACCACCGAAUUAUCCGUCGAUUCUAGAGGAAAGGUACUAACUUUAGUGAAAACUUGCGAACCUGUUAAAGAUAUGAGGAUAUGCAGACUACCAAGAGAUUGGUCUUUGUUGGCAUUACAAAAUGUGCGAACAGGCAAAUCGCACUAUUUAGUAAUUUGCCAUUGUCCAGAGACUAGUAUAUUAGAGGGUCCAACUACUCACGAUCAGCCAACUUACGCCAGUGUUCCUGGAAUCAAAGUUUACGGUAUGGUUUGCGUUAGUAAAUCGGAUGUUUUACUCGGAGAGCUGAAUAAAAGGAAAGCUAAAUUUUUCAAACACGAUCGAUUGGCUUCGUUAAAAGAAAAUGAAAAAUUGGCAUCGUUUCCUUACUACAAAAUAAAACCUUUAUUGAAAUACGUCCUCGAUUGAAACGAGACAACGUAAGUACUACGUGUAUUAUUAGGGCCUAGACAGUACUUAAUUUAUUUAUUUAUUUGUACAACAAGUACACUUUCUCUCCCUCUUCUAGACAAACGAUUAAUUUUGUAAAUUGUUUUCCAAAGCUUAGUGUAUCUAUUGUGUAGAUAUAAUUUUAUUUAUUUAUUUUUUUUUUGUAUUUUUUCUGUUCCCUUUUCGUUGUUGUGCAUUUACUUAUACGUAGAAUGUAUGUUCGUUAAGUAUUUCAUUAUUAGGUAUUUAUUUCAUUUUUGUUUACUACUUUAUUUAUUUAAUUUGUCGAUAACUUUCAAAAAACGAAUAAUACAUAAUUACGAGUAGGUAUGUAUCUUUUUAAAAAAUAAUACGCCUAUAAAAUGAAAGAAUAUGCAACCAAACACACGUAUUCGUACACUUGGCAGCAUAGUUUGUAAGAUGAAGGUUCAGAUCGAACUGGUUAUUCUCGCUUUCACCAAAGCAGCGCAGUUCUCGUAUAGGGUAGCUAUCGCAUUUUGCAGAAACUUUCAUUAUUUUUACUUUUUUUUUUUUUUUUUGUUUUUUUAGGUACCUACGUUGAAAAUUAUUCGCCAUUAUUUUUUACAUUUUGUAUUAUAAGAAUUAACUAGGUAUAUAUCUAGUAGGUUAUAAUUACGACUUUUUUGGUUCCUUUGAAUAGUGAAAUUUUUUAAUACUAAAGCAAAUCCCAUUGGUCCAUUAAACCGUUAUUUUUACGACUUUAAAAUGUUGUAUUCAACUUGGAGGGGGUUCAAAAAUAAAUUAUUCGAUACGGA